UUACAGCAGAGUAGACGAAGAACAGAUGGAUGGGCAACAACACAUUGAGUGCAAAUCAAAUUUUAGUUAGAUUCUUCUGUAGCAAUGGUAAUAAACGUGGACCCCAAUUCGUCCCCCCAAAGAAUGGAAAUUGCUGUCGUGUCACGAUAGGAUCCAUAUGCACUGGUGCCUACCAGGUUGGACCUGAGAAAAGUAGACGCUGGCGACGGGUACUCUUGAGUCUUGACUGUUGAGCAAAUCUCUUCCUGGUUUCCAUAUAUCUAGGCCGCAUCGUCCCACUUUGCCGUGCUCAGACACCAGCGCUUUGCUGCGGGUGUCUGCGGUCCACGGCGGCGAAGUGCGCGGUCCGAGUCGAGGAGGGCGCUGUAUGUUUGAGGCGCGGAUCGACGAGGAGCAGGAGCUAGAGCUGUUGGAGCGGGUUGAGAGCACUACCAAAGUGGCAUGAAGUAGAGAUACCCUGAAAUGGUGAAGGCAAACAACUGGAGGUCCUUGUUCUCAUCAUCCUUCGUUUUACUAUUUCCACCCUUGAUCAACCUUGUAUAUUCCUGCUGCAAAUUCGCAUACGCAUCAGACACCCUCCUUCCAGGACAAUUCCUAGAUGCAAACCAGAGCCUCGUCUCAAAAAACGGCGCCUUCAAGUUGGGUUUUGACUGCUUCACAACCGUUUAUAAAGAUGAUUAUAAGUCAUAUUGCGGUUUGGGUAUCUGGUUUGCUAAACCAUCAUCUUGUAAUCGUGAAUACUUUCCUGUUUGGCAACCUGGGCAGUAUGCUUGUGAACGUACUACCCUCUCGCUCACAGAGAAUGGCGUGCUAAAUCUAACCACAUACUAUGGCGACUAUUGGUACUCAUCCUACAUACGGAAUACUUCUGUGAACGCUGCUGCAGUGCUUCUUGACAACGGAAAUCUUGUAAUAAGAGACCAAGCAAACAAUUCCAUGGUGAUUUGGCAGAGUUUUGAUAGCCCGACGAAUGUACUGCUCUCUGGAGGACUCCUGGGAUUAAAUAAAAUCACCGGCAUGAACAUCACCCUUUCCAGUUAUUCUAAUUAUUAUAUGGGCGAAUAUACUCUGUCACUGGAUGCAACUAGGAGGCGAGGUUUUAUUAUCCUGCAUACUUAUUAUGGUCUUAUGUUUACUGGUACUUUUCCUAGAUGGAUGGAUAUUCGUGAAGAUGGACAGUAUGCGCUAACAUUCAAUGAUGCACGUACUUACAUACAAUUAAAUAACUCUGGAUUUGUGACAUUUUCUAAACAAGGGGAAGAACAAGGGGAAUGCGAUACUGUAUUAUGGUCCGCUCCAGAUACAUUAUGCGACUAUGACUCAUAUUGUGGACCUUAUGGUCUCUGCACAAGGUCGGGCUCUUGUAUAUGCCCUGUUGGUUUUGAUCCACCAGAUACCCAAGAAUGGAAUAUUGCAGGUUGUUCAAGAAAGGAACCUCGGAAUUGUGAAAAAAACAUUGUUACACAUCCAGAAGAGACAUUUUAUCCAAUAUAUGGCAUUCAUAGAUAUCCUCAGCAUGCUUUCAUGCUGAACGUUUCAGACACGAGUGAGUGUGAAUCCUCUUGCUUAAGGAACUGUACUUGUACUGCCUUUGCUUACAAUACAAGUUGCUUGCUGUGGUUUUCGGACCUGCGGAAUACAUUAGUGCUUGACUCUGGUCCGAAUGGCAACCAUAUGUACAUACGUAUAGCACUUAGGACCAAAUGGCAACUAGUUUUUGGAUCGAUGAUUGUUGUGCUUGCCCUUGUUGUUAUUGGUCUGAUUCUCUUGUGGAGAUGCAGAAGAAAGCUUUUCAGGGCUAGAACGGUGGUUGACAAUGGAAGCCUUGUGGUAUUCUCGUUUGUACAGAUCAAGAACUGUACCAAAAAUUUCUCUGAAAAACUUGGAGAGGGAGGCUUUGGCUGCGUUUUUAAAGGGAUGUUGCCAGGCUGCACUGCUGUGGCUGUGAAGAAGCUAAAAGGCCUCAGACAGGAAGACAAGCAAUUUCGAGCAGAGGUGCAGACCAUAGGUAUGAUUCAGCACAUCAAUAUUGUCCGUCUGCUUGGGUUUUGCACUGAAGAUAGUAGAAGGUUCCUGGUGUAUGAAUAUAUGGCAAAUGGUUCUUUGAGUAACCACCUGUUUUCCAAGAGAUCCUCUAAGUUAAGCUGGGAGCUGCGGUACUCGAUUGCUCUUGGAAUUGCAGGAGGCCUGGCUUAUCUGCACGAGGGAUGCAGGGACUCUAUUGUACACUGUGAUAUGAAGCCAGAUAAUAUACUUCUUGACGCAGAACUCUGUCCCAAGAUUGCAGAUUUUGGCAUGGCAAAGCUUCUUUGUCGAGAUUUCAGCAGGGCACUGACAACAAUGCGAGGGACCAUCGGAUACCUUGCACCGGAGUGGAUCUCAGGGCUACCAAUCACACAUAAGGCUGAUGUUUACAGCUACGGAAUGGUGCUUCUAGAAAUCAUUGCAGGGCGAAGAAAUUCGGAGAAGAUUAAGGAAGGAAAGUUUACUUACUUUCCAAUAUAUGCUGCAGUUAAGGUGAAUGAAGGUGAUGUUAUGUGCCUGUUGGACAGUAGUCUGCAGGGCAACGCUGAAGUGGAGCAGCUGAACAGAACCUGUAGAGUUGCCUGCUGGUGCAUUCAGGAUGCUGAAAACCACAGGCCAAUGAUGGGGCAAGUUGUUCGCAUGCUAGAGGGUGUCAUGGAUGUCGAGGUCCCUCCGGUUCCCAGGUCACUGCAAAAUUAUGUUGGCAUGGAGGAUUCCAUCUCUGAAGAUUUGAACAUUUCGUAUUAGUCCAAUGUGAACAUUUUCUUCUUUGUAUUUCUGAACUCCGUGGGACACAUUUGGCGUAUAGAAAUUGUGUUCACUCUACGCUUGUUUAAGGUUCUCUGAAUGCAUUUACGUAAACUCUGUCAUCAGUUGGUAAAACAGAGGUGGGACGUGUAUUACUCUUGUUGAGCUC